AUGUUGCAAGGGAAGAUAAAAAAGUUCAAGAUACCCAUUAAUAAUAACAUUGAGAAUUUUUUAAAGGACAUAAGCUUAAGAAAAAAUGAGUAUGUGUACGGGUGUGGGGCGGAGGAUAUAGAAAAUGUGAAUCUGAAGGCUGAGUGUAUAAUUAAUUAUUUCAAUUUUAUCAACGACAGUUACAGCAAUCUUUUACUUCUAUUGUGUCAAGAGGGCUUUGACACUGUGUUGAAUUACAUACGCAUAAGUGACAAUUUAAACGAUGGAGAACAGGAGAAGAUAUUUGGGUGUCUAACUAUUUUAAUAGAAAAAAGUGUGGACGUUUUUAAAAACUAUUUUAAAUGUGUAGAAAAAUAUCACCAGAAAAAUGGGUAUUGUGAUAAUGGAGUGGAAAUGUUAGAAUUUAUAUUAAACGAAAAUAAUAACAUCAUGAAUAUGAUAAUUCAGUGCUUGGAAGAUAAUUACAAAGAGUAUUCUGUAAAUGAAAAGAGGAAAAAAAAAUUUACCUUUUUUGAGAUCCACGAAAUUUUAAUCUCUUACUUUAAUGCGCUCACAUUUAUUUACUUAAAUCUGUUUAAUUGUUAUUAUAACCAAAAUUUUUGUAAGCACCAGAAUACUGAAAUGGUGGUUGUUAAUGUUCAGAGAGGGAGGAAAAAGCUGAAAAAGGAAAAUGAUGAAGAAACAAAUGUCGCUUUGAAGAAUAUGAAUUGUCUUUUGAACAAUAUUAUUUUAUUGGUAAGUAAUAUCAACUUUGAUAUUUUAUAUGAUAAGGUAAAUAUUCCUGUGGUGGAUUUAUAUUUGCAUUUUUUUCUAAAUAUAUAUACAAUUAACCAGGAGAAUAACAACAUGUUUAACAUAACUACUUAUCAUGAUCAUAUCUCAACGAUCAUUGGGACCCUGCUGAAGAUGUACAUUAAGGAAGAUAAGGAAAGGGGUAGGAUUGGUACUCUGUCCAAUAGGGGCAACAGAAGCAAGGAGAGCGAUAAAAGUGGAGAAAAAAAAAGCGGUGCUGCUGGGUUGCGACAAAAGGGAGAUUUUAGCCAGGGAUUGGGUGAAGAUAGUGGAGAUGGAAAUGACGACGAUAACGGAGGUGACAGUAACGCUGAUCAGAGUGGUAACCCAGUUGAAGAGACGCGGAAGGACGUCCCAAAAGAAGAAGACAACAAGAGCGAAAAGUCAGUGGGGGAAAAAUUCUAUUCCUUCUCCUUUACGUACAUUUUUUUAAACAACUGCAAAAAAUGCACCAACGUAAAUAUCUGUGAUGCCCUGUUAAGGGUGAAGAACACGGACAUUCCGGCAAUCAUUAUAAAGGAGUUUAUUGAUUAUAUAAAGGAGAAUUCGCUUCUCUAUUUAAACCUCAGCGUACAAACACAUGCACAAAAUGAAAUAUUAAAUGUGCUUAAUUUUUUGGAGUACUUAUCGAAAAAUUUAAGUUACCAUGUGCUGUCAUUUUUGAAAGACUUGACGGACAUGCUAGGCAUUGAUAUUUAUUACAUUAGAAAAUCCAUUUUCGAGAUGUUUAAAAAUUUUAUAACUUUAGCCAAGGCUAGUGAGGAGCUGAACGAGGGGGCGAGCACCGACAGGGAUGGAGAAGACGGACAUGGCACGCGUAGUGGAAGGUUUAAGAUGAAUAUGGACACGGGGGAGUUGGAAGACGAGGACGUUGAUGAUGAUGAGGACGAUGACGGAGCGGGGGAAGCUGGAGGAUCGGAUGGGGAAGACGAAUCGGAAGAGACAGACCAGAACGACGAUAGCAGCGACUUUUUCUCUGAUGGAAAGGAUGAUGAGAGUAAGUCGUCCGAUGAGGAAUUUAAGAAAGGGAAGGGAAAUAGGAAGAAGAAAUUAGACACGAAAAGGAACAACAAACGUGUUAGCAGGGAGAACUCGAAGAAGUGUUGCAUACGUAGACAGAAGCAAAAGGGACAGAACAAAAAAAAGAAAAAAAAAAAAAAAAAAAAAAUGAACGCAUAUUUAAAGUCAUUUGGGGUAAGCGUGAACGAAAGCAGCAUCAGUACGUACAAAGAUAUUAUUCACAAAAUAGUUAUGGAAGACAUUCCAUUUUUACAAUUAUGUUUUAGUGAGUGCUUAAAAAACCGAGCCUUUGUUAUGAACGUGUUGAUGUCUAGGCAGCAUGAUUCGAAGCUGCAUGUGCGAUGCCAUUUGUUAAAAAUAUUGCAGGAGUUAAUUGAAAAUAAUUUCAUCCCUCUCAACUAUUACAAUAACUUGUGUUUGAUAUGUAGCGAGAGGAUAAAUGACAAGUCUCCCUUGGUGAGGCAGAGGGCCUUUUCCCUCCUUUCGUGCAUAGCGAGCGACGUGGUGAAGAAUAAAUAUGUCAUCCCGCUGAACACGUGUGGAAUAAAGAGGGAGCUGGCGAACCUGAGCAGGAGGAAAGACGCAAUGCGAAGGAAGGAGCUGCCCAAUGGGACGGGAAAGAAGAGAGUUAAUUUAUCAGAUAGUGAUAGCAGUGAUGGGGGAGGGAGCGACAUAACGGAUGGGGGCCAAGUAAACGGAAAAGCGAAAAAUGAUAGUAACGACGAUGUCUCAAUGCGAGAGAAUGAUCAAGCGAACGCAAGGAAGAAUCACCAGAAUAAGUACGACUUGUUAAUAAAAAUGUACAAUGAAGUUUUAUUCAUUUCGAUUAUUGUUGACGAUUGUGUGGAACUUUGUUUCAGAUUGUUGUACUCCGUGGUGGAGACGGAUCAAAAGAGUGCCAUCCGAUUUAUUAUACUAGCACAUAUGUGUGGAAAUAAAAAAGCAGAGGAACAAAUGAACAAAGUAUGGUCGCUAAUUUUUAGCAACAAUUCAAGCAUAGUAGAAAUUAUUAUCAGUGAAUUUGUAAAUGUAAAUAUAACUUCUGAUGAUUAUCGAAUCAGUGCCUUUCGAUUAAUUAAUGUUUGUCUUAAUAGUAAGUUGAAGGAUCUCUCAUGUUUAGAAAAGAUAAUGGAGUGUCUGUUAAUGCAGGAGAAGUCCAGCGUAAGUGUUACGAAAUUGCUGGAUGAAUUAUUUAACAUAAUUUUUGUAGAUACGUUUAGUGAGCACAAAAAUUUGAUAAUCAAGGAAGGGGCUCUGCUUCUCAUGAAGAUACUCUGCUAUUCUAUCCACACGGUUAAUUUGAAAAAAGGGAAAAAAGAACAUUAUUUUGUUUUUAGCAACAAAAGGAAACAUCUGAUUUUGGUAUUCAUCAAUCAAUACAAGGAAAAUCUGCAUUUUAUAAAUCUGUUAAUUUUAAUUUUGCGGUAUAAUAAGACGAACAAAAUUGUCCAGAAUUUACUCAUCAUUUUGUUUAACUUAGUUUUUGAUCAUAUGUCUGAUGGGAAGGGGGAGAAAAAUGGAGAGACUUGUUUUUCUAGUGAUAUGAGUCCCCGUGCAUCCUCCCUGGAGAAGAUUAAAAUGGGGCGCGCCAGCAUUAACGGUGUUAUAGGGAACCUGCACAAUGGGGAAAGUCCCGAACAGAUGGACUGCUUCCACCUUCACGAUGACAGAAAUGUGUGGUUCAAGUGUUGUCAAUCCAUUGUGGAAAGCAUGUACGAACACUUUGAUGACUUCCUGGCCAUAUUUGCGAUGAAGAUGAAGAGCAUGCUUAGUUCCAUCCUUUGUGGUGGGAACAAAAGUUCGAAUGAAGAUUUGACUGAAAGCAGAGGGAGAGACAGCUCGGCGUGCAGACUACGGAGCAAGGGAGUUGACGAUGGGGGAGAUAUUGCAGUAGAUAAAUCCAACAAGGUUUCUUGCUUCAUGUUAACCAAAUUUAUAUUCGUGUCAGGCCACCUAGGGUUAUAUACCUACAUAUAUGCAGAAAAGAUACAAAACAAUUUGAAAAAGAUCGCAUCGAAAAGUGACAGCAAUUAUGGGAUGUGCACGAAGGAAGAAAAGGAUAGAGAAUAUUUUGACUACGUGGUUGAAAAUAUGAUUGUAUGUAAUAAUUUGUUGGGGAAAAAAAUUAUGCCUUUAAUAUUUUUAAUUUUGAGUAACCCGGAGAAUUUUUAUAAUGACUGUGUAGUUAAGGUCGAAGCGGAAGGGGGGAAGAAGUGGUCUCUUAAAAGUGGCAGUUUCGCUUCGUUUAAGGAUGGUGAUAAUGUGAAGGGAAAUAUCUACAUGCAUUAUGAGAUGUACUUACUGGUCCUGGUCUGUCUCCUAACCUUGUGCAAGUUUUGCAUAAUUUCGCAAAAGUUUUGCCAGAGCGUCGUGCGAGAUCAUGUGUCCAUUAUACAGCUGAUUGUAUCCAUCAUAACGGAGGAGGGUAACUCUAUUUUUGAUUUGAAAACGGAGAUGCUUCUUGGAAGAGGGGGUGUCCGGCCGUCCAAUGGAAACGACGAGGGGAGCGACGGCAUGCUGAGUCACGACAGUGACGGUGGUGACCAUGGUGUAGCCCAUUUUGUGCAGUCCUCCUCUCGCAGGGGCAGAAGGGAGAGUAGAGAAUCGAAAAAGGAAGACAACCAUUUGUGCAUCGAAAAUGAGAAAGUGGACCGAUUUGCAACCCAGGAGGAGGGUGACAGCCAGGACGACCCGUGGAAUAUGUUUCGAAGCAGAAUGAUGUUGAGGACUGUUUCAAACAUACGAAAAAUGCUCCUAAUCAGUUACGCCGAUUUGUUAUAUAGGCACCCAAAUUUAUUGGAGCCAUACAAUAAGUACAUUUUUAAAGUUCUCAAUGAUAAGGACAUAAACCUGAGAAGGACGGCCGUCUCUGUCUUUACGCACCUUUUCAUGACGGACACGGUGAAGGCAAAGAAUAUUUUGCUUGUCCAUAUGAUGUACUUAACCAUCGAUAAGGAUGAAAAAAUAUCUAGUGGGUCCAAAUCAUUCUUCUAUGAAUUAGACAGAAAGUCGCAUGUGACACUGGUAAACAACAUAUGUGACAUGAUUUCCGUCCUGGCGAGAAAUGAAAAGAAACUCAAGUAUGAAAUGAAUAAAGAAAUCGAAGAAUUUCUUCUGAGUUUUAUUAAAAAGAGUAAAUAUAACGAAACGUUGGUCGAAAAAAUUUUUAAAAAAAUGAAAGAAGUCAAUAUUAAUAAAACGGACGAACUGAAACUGUACAUGCAGGUCUUUCUAAACAUACAAAUUGAUGAAAAGGUUCUGAGCAGAAUGAAUAAAUGCUUUCCUCUAAUUAGAUACAUCAUAAGGGAGAAUCAGUACAUUCAAGACAGCUUCAUUCAUAUAUGUAAAAAGGCAACGGAGAAAAAGAGGGGAAGACCGGCAGAGGAAGGGCAACAGCAGCAGCAGUCGAACUCGUUGAAUAUUGAAAAGGGAAAUAACGAACGCGUCGAAAAUGAAAAAUUGGAAAGUAAAAUGAGGGAUCUGGCUGAAGAUAUCCUAAGCAAAAUCGAAUCCACCACAAAUAAAUCCAAGAACGUUUUUAACGCUCAUGGCAGUGCAACAAAUGUGGUCUUGAAGGAAUUGAAAAAUAAGGAAGAUGACGAUGUGGUUAGAAAUGAUGAGGAUCUGAGUAUGAGCAGAAAUGAGGAGGGAGACACUUAG